AUUAGACACGGUGUGAAAUCAAUAGACGGUAUGUCUGGGCGUGCGAGAGGAAGGUCAUGUGGCAGAGAGACUGGGGCCCGAGGCGAGCAACCACCUCUGCCUCAGAAGGAAGCUCAAGCCGUGUGGCCACCACCGCCCGAGAGAGAGCUCCAAGGGAGGGGAAGACAGAAAUCUGCCCCUGUGGCGGCGGCAGAAGGAGAAAAGCCAUAUCACUGCUCGGAGUGUGGGAAGAGUUUUAUGCAGCAGAGUAAUCUCCAAACACACCAGCGCAUUCAUACAGGAGUGACGCCAUAUCACUGCUCGGAGUGUGGGAAGAGUUUUAUUAUACAAAGUAAACUCCAAGUCCACCAGCGCAUUCAUACAGGGGUGAGACCGUAUCACUGCUCUGAGUGUGGGAAGAGUUUUUUUUACACAACAUGAUCUCCAAACACACCAGCGCAUUCAUACAGGAGUGAGACCGUAUUACUGCUCGGAGUGUGGGAAGAGUUUUACGCGGCAGAGUAAUCUCCAAAGACACCAGCGCAUUCAUACAGCACAUAACAAAAGAUUGACCUUUUCCUGUCUUUGGAAUAUUUUAUUUAUAAAUACAAUAUUUAAAAGAAAAGAAAGGUGUUGCUAAUAAAUGUAUUACCUUCUUUUCAUAAAUCCUGUAAUAUUUUAAGCUCAUUUUGGGGUCAUUUGUUCAGAGAUUUUACACGGACAUUAUCAUUGGUAAGACUACAGCCAUUAUCGCCUGUAGUUUUUUGUCCUACCCGUUUUCAUAAAUUCCCAAAUUCUGUGCAAUGUAUUGGAUGCUAAAUGUACUGUCCAAUCAUCGUGGGGAUAUAAGAUAGUUUUAAACAAUCCGAACGAAGGAAGGCGGGAUUUGUCUGAAUACGGGUGGGAAAACAAACAUAAGAGUAACCGUGAGCACAAACACAGCAAUGCCAACCUAGCCUUCUAAGUUGAUGCAGCUCUUCACGUCCACGCUUUUUUGUUGUUUUUCUCGGCAAUAUGGGGGUUCCAAAAUUUUACAGAUGGACAUCCGAGCGAUAUCCGCGUUUGAGCGAAGUUGUGAAGGAGCACCAGGUUUGUGUUCGUAAAUGAUGCUAGUUAGCUUUAGCACUAGCAUCCGGCUAACACUUUACCUCAGUCAGGGCUGUGUAUGUUUACAGGUGUAUUUACACAUGAUUGGUGAUUAAUUUUAGCUAAAGAAGGCAGAAAGGACAAUAAAUUCACCGUGGAAACAUUCUGAAGUUUUAAUUUCCAGUGCUUUAAUUACUCAGUUAGUGAAGAGUAAGUAAUUGUGGAACAAUCCCAACUCGAUGUGUGUUACAGCUGUAGGUCACUACAUAGAGCGCGAGGGGAGGGAACUUUGUGCUAACCCCAGUGCUCAUGACAGGACAUAAGGGUCAUGUAGUCUGUAGCUGUGACAACUUACAUGUGGGUUUAUCUCUAUAGCCACACAAAUAUAAACAACGUUUAAUAUAUCUAUAAAUAUAUUGUUAAUACUAAAUCUAUUUAGUAUUAUUCUUAUUAUAGAAUUAUAUUGACGUCAUUAUAGAAAGUUUUAUUUCUAAAACUGAGGUGAUUCAAAUGGACUUUUUAGAUGAGAGAAAAUAAAUGUAUAAUCGUUUAUAAUGAACUUUGAG